GGUAUUUGAUGCAUGUCUUUUGCAGAACUCCCAUCAGACUUGCAAAGACAAUUCAUACUGUAUCAUAUGAUUGAAGAAUUCUUUGCACCAAAUGGUUCUAAAAAAUUAUUAUUUUAUUACCAAGAAAUAGCCACAAACAUAGAUUUGAGACGUUUAAGUGCUGACACAUCCAGAAGCAUACCUCAGAAAAGGCUGUUCAUCACUAAUGGCUCAGCUGAGGGUUUGACUGGGACUUGCUUAUUUUUUCUUCGAACUACUAAUAAAAAUAUCAGCACAGCAAAUGUUUCUCAGGAGGUAAAUUUUGGCAUGCUUAAUUGUUCUGAAGAGAAUCUACUUCAAGGGCUGGAGAAACUUCUUGGCAAUGUAAUGGUACCUGCACUGCGAUCCCAAGAGAAUUGGGGAUCUAUUAAAGAAGGACUAAAGAAUGCUCAGAUUCAAGAGUUCUUUGAAUCCUUGGACAAAUUUGUUGGCAAUUUGACCUCAGCCAGGAAAAAUAUGGAACGGCAGAUUAUUCUUGCAGAGUUGUCUACAGCCUACAACAUUGAUGACCUGCAUAGUCCCUCAGACUAUUUGAUUGCAGCAACCAACACAGAAUUUGUGGAGCAACUUGAGGGAGUGUUAAUGUCAUGGAGUAAACAAAUUGAACAGGUUUUAGCUGAAAGUGAGCAAAUGAGAAAAGAAGCAGACGACAUUGGUCCCUCUGCAGAACUGGAUCAUUGGAAGAUGAGAAUGGCAAGGUUUAAUAGCCUUCUUGAUCAAAUUAAGAGUCCUCAAGUAAGAAGAGUUAUAGGCAUUCUUCAGGUUGCAAAGUCCAGGUCAUUGAAACAUUGGAGAAAACUGGAUGGCAAUAUUACAGAUGCAGCCAAUGAGGCUAAAGAUAAUGUGAAAUAUCUAUACACAUUGGAAAAGUUCUUUGGGCCCCUUGUGAAGUGCACACCGGCCACCAUGGUUGAACAUGUCCCUAAUUUGAUGAACAGUAUUCGGAUGAUCCACAGCAUUUCCAAGUACUACAACACAUCGGAGCAUAUGACCUCUCUUUUUAUCAAGGUUACCAAUCAAAUGAUUAGUACAUGCAAGAAGUACCUCUGUCAGAAUGUUGGAAAAAUUUGGGAGCAUGACAGGCAGGAACUUCUGAAGAGAAUCAAGGACUGUAUACAAUUAAAUCUUGAGUAUCAAAAACACUUCCAACGAAUCAGGGAGAAGCUUCGGGAAAAUCCAAAGGAGAGGCAGUUUGAAUUUAGUGAAAACUACAUAUUUGGCAAAUUUGACACAUUUUGCAAACGACUGGAGAAGAUUAUGCAUGUGAUAAACACCAUGGAAAGCCUCUCUGAUCUGCAGAAUGUUAAAAUGGAGGGAUUUGACAAAAUAUACUUGCGUUAUCAGACAAUUAUCACCAGUUUGAAAUCAAAGACUUAUGAUGUACUGGAUCACAGAAAGCAAGAGUUUGACAAUGAUUACCAGGAAUUUAAACUCCAGAUGGAAGGACUUUAUCAGUCAAUGCAGACUUUUAUGGAUUCUUGGUUUGAACAAUCUUUAACUAUAGAACGCAUGCUAGAGUUGCUGGGCAAGUUUGAACAUAUUGCUGGAUCACAACUAGAACUAACAGACAAAUAUCUAGUUGUCCUGCAGCGUUUUGGGCGAGAUUUAGACCUAGUGCGCAAGACCUAUCAGAAACAAAGAGAAAAUCCACCUGUACCUCGUAAUAUUCCACCUGUGUCUGGGAAGAUUAUGUGGGCCCGACAGCUAUUCAGAAAAAUAGAUAUUCCCAUGAAAUUUCUGAAAAAUAAUACUGAAAUUUUGAAGAGCCCUGAAAUGAAAAAAAUUAUCAAAAAUUAUAACAAGAUGGCAGCUGUUCUUCUGGAGUUUGAGAUGCUGUAUCACAGGGGUUGGUGCCGAGCGGUUAACUUGGCUCAAAAUGGACUUCAGGCUUCGCUGAUUGUGAGACAUCCUGAGACUAAGGAAAUCUUAGUGAAUUUUGAUCCUGCCGUGCUUGAGUUACUUUUAGAAGCGAAGUACUUGUAUAAACUGGGACUUGAAGUGCCACAAGAGGCUCUCAACUUAUGGCUAAAAGAGGCAGAAAUUAAGCACCAUUAUUUAAGCAUUCAGGAACUUUUACGUAACUACCAAAAUGUGGUGAACAGCAUCCCAUCUAUUAUUCAACCACUGAUGAAGCCUUUUAUUAGCCAAGUGGAUGAAGCUCUCAUUCCUGGAAUGACUAUGUUGGCUUGGACCUCCUUAAACAUUGAAAAAUUUGUAGAUAAUGUGUACAUUUCACUAAUGGAGCUGGGGCAAGUGGUGAAGCAAGUAUCUGACAUGUUGGAGUGUAGGAUUGAGAGGGUUCUGCAUGCAGUGUCUCUUACUGCCCUGGUUGACCUUCCUGAAGAUGACCUCGUAGAAGUCCCAGCUUUUCUGGAAAUGACUGAAAAUAUUGUUGCCUCAGCUGGACAAGCUUUGUCUAUACAAAGCCAACAGGUGGAACGUUCAAUGUAUCAGUUAAUGAACUCAUUGAAACAAAAACUAAAGCCAACAGAACAAGCCAAUCUUGAGCAAAAAACUCGUUGUCAAGAAUGCUUGACCUGCUGCUUCUAUAACCUAAUGGGACAACUUUGCCAAAAGAAUACUGAUGCCUUGGUGAAAUGUACCAAGUUAUCGUUGGACUCUCUCAAGCGGCAUUUACAUGUCACCAGUUCUAAGUAUGAGGCAACAAAACCAUUUCCCAGUGGUGCUGCUGAGACAUCAAAAGCUCCAUUCUUCAAAUCUAAGAUUGUACUGGCAAUUCCAUAUGUUUCCAUGCGACCAAGUCUGGAGGAUAUUCAGUCCGUCCUCAACAGAGCAGUGAACAUAAUUCUCUCCAUGUCUAAGGAUAUUCCUCUUUGGUCCUUUGCCCAUCUGCAUCUGAAACAACAGCAGGUAUUCACUGAAAAUGCUGCUCGAGAACUGGGUGAUGACAGUAUCCUUGGUAAACCGGUAGUGCUCAAACCCCUUGAUAAACAGAUUAGUGAACACAAGGAUGUCACUAAGGUUGUGAUCCAACUUGGUUCUGUUAUUUCCAAUUUAAAGAGUGAUGCAGCAAAAAUUCUUGACAGUUUUUCUCCGUUCUCUCACUUGUGGAAUCAGGAUCCUGCUGAAAAAGUAAAGGAAUUCAUGGAUUCAAAUCCAAUCCUCUCUGAGUUCAAUGAGAAAAUCGCAUAUUAUGCUAAAUUGGAGAACCAGAUUGAUGAGUUGCCCUCUUGUUAUGAAGUGGGCUCAGUUCAAUUUGAUACUCAGCAUUUGAAGCUGUCAUUGAUUCAGGAAUGUCGUGUAUGGAAGAGAGCCUUUGGCACAGCCUUGAACAGAAAAACUGCUACAGAAAUGGAUGAGAUUUUUUCUUUUAUUGAAAAUCUUAGCAAACGACUGAAUCGACCAAUUAAUGAUUUGGAUGACGUGCGUGGAGCCAUGGCAGCACUAAAAGAAAUCAGAGAUGCCGAGAUAAAGAUUGACAUGACCAUUGAACCUAUUGAAGAAACUUAUGCCCUCCUAAAUAAGCAUGAGCUACUUUUUCAAGAUGGAAAUGCUGAGAGAGUUGAUGGACUAGCUUAUGCCUGGAAGAACUUAAAUGCACAGGUUGUGCAGACACAGAAUAUACUUAUAAAAGUGGAACCUGCAAUGAAGACUGAUCUGUUGGAUGGGGUAAAAAUCUUCCAAUCCAACGUUCAGAAUUUUUAUCAAGACUAUGAUACUAAAGGCCCUGGUGUUGAAGGCCUUCCACCUCAAGAAGCUAACGAAAGGCUGCAAAUCUUUCAGACAAACUUUGAUGAGCUCUGGCGGAAAUUUACUACUUACUCUGCAGGAGAAGAACUCUUUGGGCUGCCCGUUAUUGAUUAUCCUGAUUUACAGAGAAUAAGACGUGAACUCACCUUACUUCAGAAAUUGUAUGGUCUGUAUAAUUCAGUUAUCGAUAAUGUCAGUGGUUACAAUGACAUUUUGUGGAGCGAGUUGGAUGUUGAAAAAAUCAACAAUGAACUUCUGGAUUUUCAGAACAAAAUACGGAAAUUACCCAAAGCCUUGAAGGAGUGGCAAGCUUUCAAUGACUUGAAGAAGAAGAUUGAUGACUUCAGUGAAACUUGUCCAUUGCUUGAAAUGAUGGCAAACAAAGCUAUGAUGUCAAGACACUGGGAAAGGAUUGCACAGGUCACUGGCCAUACUUUUGAUGUUGAAUCUGAACAAUUCUCCCUCAAAAAUAUAACAGAAGCACCAUUACUAAAAUAUAAAGAGGAUAUUGAGGACAUUUGUAUUAGUGCAGGAAAGGAAAAGGAUAUUGAAGCAAAACUAAAAGCUGUGAUCAAUGAAUGGAGUGGUCACAUGCUCACUUUUGCCCCAUUCAAGACAAGGGGUGAGUUGCUGCUCAAAGGAUCAGACAUCAUGGAGAAUAUUGCACUAAUGGAGGAUAGCCUAAUGAUAUUAGGCUCAUUAAUGAGUAACAGGUACAAUGCACCAUUUAAGCCCACAAUUCAACAGUGGGUACAGAAGCUCUCAAAUACCACAGAAAUAAUUGAAAACUGGCUUACAGUUCAGAACCUUUGGAUUUACCUGGAAGCGGUGUUUGUUGGUGGAGAUAUUGCAAAACAACUACCACAGGAGGCCAAAAGAUUUCAGAACAUUGAUAAGUCAUGGCAGAAGAUUAUGCAACGAGCUCAUGACAAUACAAACAUCGUGCUGUGCUGUGUAGGUGAUGAAACCUUAGCACAACUUUUACCACAUUUACUGGAGCAGUUAGAGAUGUGUCAGAAAUCACUUACUGGAUAUCUGGAAAAGAAACGCCUACUAUUUCCCAGAUUUUUCUUUGUUUCUGAUCCAGCUCUGCUGGAAAUCCUUGGUCAAGCCUCUGACUCUCACACAAUACAGGCUCAUCUCCUAAGUCUUUUUGACAACGUUAAUAGAGUGGGGUUCAAUGAAAAAAGUUAUGACCAGAUCCUUUGCUUUGAGUCUCAGGAAGGAGAAAAAGUUGAUCUCAUUGAACCAGUCACAGCACAGGGCAAUGUGGAAGUCUGGCUGGGGCAGCUCCUGAAUGGAGUCAGAAAGACAAUUCACAGCAUUAUUCGACAAGCUUCAAUAGCAAUCACUGACAGUGAAAUUAAACUAUAUGAGUUUCAAAAUAUGUUCCCUGCACAGAUAGGUUUGCUGGGUAUUCAGAUGAUCUGGACAAAAAACUCAGAAGAAGCUUUGAAUAAUGCUAGAUUUGAUAAGAAGAUCAUGCAAACAACGAAUCAGGCAUUUCUGGAUAUGCUUAAUGAUUUGAUUGACAUGACAACUCGAGAACUAACAAAAAUGGAACGAACAAAAUAUGAAACACUUAUCACCAUCCACGUACACCAGAAAGACAUUUUUGAUGAUCUGGUUCGGAUGAACAUUAAAUCCCCAUCCGACUUUGAAUGGCAAAAACAAUCCCGGUUUUACUUUGUAGAGGACACAGACAAAUGUAUUAUUCAGAUCACAGAUGUUGAGUUCAACUAUUGCAAUGAAUACCUAGGCUGUACAGAUAGACUUGUAAUAACACCAUUAACCGACAGAUGUUACAUUACACUGUCUCAGGCCUUAGGCAUGAGCAUGGGUGGUGCACCAGCAGGACCUGCAGGCACAGGAAAGACAGAAACCACCAAAGACAUGGGGAAAUGUCUUGGAAAGUAUGUUGUUGUAUUUAACUGCUCAGAUCAGAUGGACUAUAGAGGUCUAGGCCGCAUCUAUAAAGGUCUGGCUCAGUCUGGUGCAUGGGGUUGCUUUGAUGAAUUUAAUCGUAUUGAGUUGCCUGUGCUAUCAGUAGCUGCUCAACAAAUUUAUAUUGUACUACAGUGUAAGAAGAACAAAAAAUCGCAUUUUUUCUUCACUGAUGGUGACACUGUAGAAAUGGACAGAGAGUUUGGUAUAUUCCUAACAAUGAACCCAGGCUAUGCAGGACGUCAGGAACUACCUGAAAAUCUAAAGAUUCAGUUCCGUUCAGUAGCCAUGAUGGUGCCAGAUCGUGCUAUUAUCAUGCGAGUCAAAUUGGCCAGUGCCGGUUUCCGUGAUAACCAAAUCCUUAGUCGAAAGUUUUAUACACUCUACAAACUCUGUGAGGAGCAGUUAUCUAAACAGGUGCACUAUGACUUUGGCUUGCGUAACAUUUUGUCUGUGCUGAGAACUCUGGGUGCUGUUAAGAGAUCAAACCCAAAUGAACCUGAGAAAACAGUGGUCAUGAGAGUUCUGCGUGACAUGAAUCUUUCUAAACUGGUAGAUGAAGAUGAGCCUCUGUUCAUGAGUUUAAUUAAUGAUCUGUUUCCUGGGAUUACCUUGGAUAAAGCUGGCUACCCUGAGCUGGAAGCUGCCAUUGAGAAACAAACCACAGAAGCUGGAAUUAUCUACCAUCCACCUUGGAUCCUGAAGCUGAUUCAACUCUAUGAAACUCAAAGAGUUCGACAUGGUAUGAUGACUCUUGGUCCUAGCGGUGCUGGGAAGACAAAGUGUAUCAAUACCUUGAUGAAAGCUAUGACAGACUGUGGAGCACCACACAAAGAAAUGCGAAUGAAUCCAAAGGCAAUAACAGCCUCCCAAAUGUUUGGUACCUUGGAUGUUGCAACAAAUGAUUGGACAGAUGGUGUUUUUUCUACUCUGUGGAGGAAAACAUUGAAAGCAAAGAAGGGAGAACACAUUUGGAUUGUACUGGAUGGACCUGUAGAUGCCAUUUGGAUUGAGAAUCUUAACUCUGUUUUAGAUGAUAACAAAACUCUUACACUAGCGAAUGGUGAUCGCAUCCCAAUGGCACCAAACUGUAAGAUUGUUUUCGAACCCCAUAACAUUGACAACGCAUCCCCAGCCACUGUAUCCCGAAAUGGCAUGGUGUUUAUGAGUUCUUCGGUCCUAGACUGGAGACCUGUACUCAAAGCAUGGCUUCAGAAAUUGCCCGCAGCACUAUCUGAACAACUUUGGAACUGUUUUGAUAACGUUUUCCAGGAUUUAAUCAGUUUUGUCUACACUGCUGUAUUACCAAAAAUGCAAAUUCUGGAGUGUAUGUACAUUAAACAAGCAAUUGACCUUCUGCAGGGCCUAUUGCCAGGAAUUGAAGACAAGCAACCUAGCCCAGAGCAAGUAGCUCGGUUAUUCAUUUUUGCUGUCAUGUGGUCAAUUGGAGCACUUCUGGAAUUGGAUGACAGGGCUAAAAUGGAAAGCUUUUUGCGGAAUCAUACUGCACCACUGCAGCUUCCAGUGACUGAAGGAGAAGAAACAAUCUUUGAAUUUGUUGUUAGUGCCGAUGGUCACUGGGAGCAUUGGUCAAAGAGGGUGCCUGAAUAUAUAUAUCCAUCAGACUCAGUCCCAGACUAUUUAUCAAUUCUUGUACCAAAUGUGGACAAUAUCUGCACAGACUUUCUCAUGCACACAGUGAUGAAACAGGAAAAAGCUGUAAUGCUCAUUGGUGAACAGGGAACAGCCAAGACUGUUAUGAUAAAGGGCUACAUGAGCAAGUAUAAUCCUGAAGUCCAUGCAACCAAAAGUCUGAACUUCUCCUCUGCCACUUUGCCAAAUAUGUUCCAAAGGACUGUUGAAAGUUAUGUGGAUAAACGCAUGGGCAGUACAUAUGGCCCACCCAGUGGCAAAAAGAUGACUGUGUUUGUUGAUGACAUUAACAUGCCUGUGAUUAAUGAAUGGGGUGAUCAGAUAACCAAUGAGAUUGUCCGACAGCUAAUGGAACAGAAGGGUUUCUACAAUCUAGAAAAGCCUGGAGAGUUCACCAGCAUUGUUGACGUACAGUUUGUAGCUGCUAUGAUUCAUCCUGGUGGUGGCAGAAAUGACAUCCCUCAACGUCUCAAAAGACAAUUCACAAUUUAUAAUUGUACAUUACCAUCAAAUGCAUCCAUUGACAAGAUCUUCAGAACUAUUGCAAGUGGCUAUUUCUGUGAGCAGCGUGGUUUUCCUGAAGAGGUUUGCAAACUAGCCUCAGCUUUAGUAUCAACCACUCGCAAAUUGUGGCAGGCUACCAAGAUUAAGAUGCUUCCCACUCCAGCCAAAUUUCAUUAUAUUUUCAACCUUCGUGAUCUCAGCCGUAUUUGGCAAGGAAUCCUCAAUGUCAUAUCUGAAGUUUGCCAGUCUCCAGAUGUUUUGGUAUCACUCUUUAAGCAUGAAUGUACUCGUGUUAUUGCAGAUCGAUUUACCAACCAACAGGACAAAGAUUGGUUUGAUGCCACAGUAAAAAAGAUUGCUUCAGAGGAUCAUGGUGAUGCGAUUUUAGCAAAUAUUCAGAAAGGAGCCUACUUUGUUGAUUUCCUACGUGAUGCUCCAGAGGCCACUGGAGACGAACCAGAUGAUACGGAAUUGGAAGCUCCUAAGAUUUAUGAACCAAUUCCAUCAUUUGAUGAGUUGAGUGAACGCCUGAAGAUGUAUAUGGAGCAGUACAAUGAAGCUAUUAGAGGUGGAAAGAUGGAUUUGGACGCCAUGAUACAUUUGAUAAAGAUAUCCCGUAUCAUUCGAACUCCACAAGGAAAUGCUUUGCUGGUAGGAGUUGGUGGAUCUGGAAAACAGAGUCUUACUAGACUGGCAUCAUAUAUUGCAGGAUAUCAAAGCUUUCAGAUUAUACUCUCAAGAACAUACAAUACAAGCAAUCUAAUGGAUGAUCUGAAGAUUUUAUACCGUAUAGCUGGACAAAAAGGUUUGGGUAUGGCAUUUAUAUUUACAGACAAUGAAAUAAAAGAUGAGUCCUUCUUGGAAUACAUGAACAAUGUUCUAGCCUCAGGUGAAGUCUCAAACCUCUUUGCUCGAGAUGAAAUUGACGAAAUUACCCAAGACUUAAUCCCCGUAAUGAAAAAGGAGUAUCCGAGGCGACCACCAACUGCUGAAAAUCUCUAUGAUUACUUCCUUUCAAGAGUGCGUAGUAAUCUACAUGUGGUUCUUUGCUUUUCUCCUGUUGGAGAGAAGUUCCGUACUCGUUCAUUGAAAUUUCCAGGCCUGAUUUCUGGUUGCACAAUGGACUGGUUUCAGCGUUGGCCCAAAGAUGCUCUUAUUGCAGUUGCUCAGCAUUUCUUAGCUUCAUAUAAAAUUGAGUGUACAGCACAAGUUAAACAAAGUAUUGUGAAUACUAUGGGGACAUUUCAAGAUACCGUAGCAGAGAAAUGUGUUGAAUACUUUGAACGAUUCAGGCGACAGACCUAUGUGACUCCCAAGUCUUACUUAUCCUUUAUUGGAGGCUACAAAACUAUCUACAGAGAGAAGUUUGCUCAUGUGGAAAUGCUGUCCGACAGAAUGAAGACAGGUUUGGCAAAGCUAAUGGAAGCUGAGGUGUCAGUAAAUGAGCUAUCCAAAGAACUUGUGAUUAAGGAAAAAGAUUUGGCAGUUGCUUCAAAAAAAGCCGAUGAAGUUCUGCAGGAAGUGACCUUAAAGGCACAGGCUGCUGAGGUUGUUAAAACACAGGUUCAAAAAGUGAAAGACAAAGCUCAGCUCCUUGUAGAUGAAAUAGCAGCUGACAAACAUGUAGCUGAAACAAAACUAGAAGCAGCUAAGCCUGCAUUAGAAGAAGCUGAAGCAGCUUUACAGACUAUUAAACCAGCUGAUAUUGCCACAGUGCGCAAAUUAGGCAAGCCACCUCACUUGAUCAUGCGAAUCAUGGACUGUGUGCUGCUUCUUUUCCAAAGAAAAGUAGAUCUUGUAACUCUUGAUCCAGAUCGACCAUGUGUGAAACCUUCCUGGGGUGAAGCUUCAAAGCUGAUGAACAACUCUUCAUUUCUUAACAUGUUGCUGACAUUCCCAAAGGAUACCAUCACUGAAGAGGUUGUGGAUUUGCUACAACCGUACCUAGAUAUGGAAGACUACAAUCUUGAGACUGCCAAGAAAGUAUGUGGGAAUGUUGCGGGCCUGUGUUCAUGGACGAAGGCCAUGGCGAGCUUCUUUGAUAUUAAUAAAGAAGUACUUCCAUUGAAGGCAAAUCUGACUAUGCAAGAAGCCAAACUAGUUGUUGCCCAAGAAGAACUGAACAAUGCCCAAGCACAGCUGGAUGAGAAGCAACGGGAACUAGAUGAAGUGCAGGCCAUGUACGAUGCUGCAAUGUCAGAAAAGCAAGCAUUACUUGAUGAUGCAGAGGGCUGUAGGAAGAGAAUGAAUAAUGCCACUGCUCUCAUUGAAGGCCUGGGUGGUGAAAAGGUUCGGUGGACAGAAAGCAGUAAACUUUUCCAGGACCAGAUUACACGGUUAGUGGGUGAUGUACUGUUAGCCACUGGAUUCCUCUCUUACUCUGGCCCUUUUAACCAAGAAUACAGGAACAUUCUGCUUCAGAUAUGGAAAGACGAGAUGAGCAGCAACAGAAUUCCGUUCAGUGAUGUGAAAGUUGGUGACAAAGAGGUUGAUGUGAUGUUGGGAUUUACCCUGUAUAUUACCACCAAGUUGGCUAAUCCUGCCUACACACCCGAAAUCAGUGCUAAAACAGCCAUUAUCGACUUUACUGUCACAAUGAGAGGACUAGAAGACCAACUUCUUGGUCGAGUGAUCCUCAUCGAAAAACAGGAACUGGAAUCAGAGAGAGUGCUAUUGAUGGAAGAGGUCACAUCCAACAAACGGAGAAUGCAGGAGUUGGAGGAUAAUCUGCUAUAUCGUUUAACGAGCACUGAAGGCUCACUAGUGGAGGAUGAAUCACUGAUUGAAGUGCUCCAGGUCACUAAGAUAACAGCUGAAGAGGUGAGUGACAAACUGAGCACAGCUGCAGAAACAGAGGUGAAGAUUAAUGCAGCUCGUGAGGAGUAUCGGCCUGUGGCUUCACGUGGCAGCAUUCUUUACUUCCUCAUUGUUGAAAUGAGUUUAGUAAAUGUGAUGUACCAGACAUCACUUCGACAGUUCUUGGGUAUUUUUGACAUAUCCAUGGAGAGAUCAAUAAAAUCACAAGUCACCUCGAAAAGAAUUGCCAAUAUCAUCGAAUAUCUCACCUAUGAAGUAUUCAGGUACACUGUUCGGGGCCUGUACGAAGAUCACAAAUACCUCUUCACGCUGCUUAUGGCACUGAAGAUUGAUUUGCAAUGCAAGAAGAUUUCUCAUGAAGAUUUUCAGACUUUGAUUAAAGGUGGGGCUUCGUUAGACCUCAAUUCUGUGGAGCCCAAACCAAAGAAGUGGAUUAUUGACAUGACCUGGCUAAAUCUUGUACAGCUCUCUCAAUCGUACCCAUUUACUCAACUACUUGCACAAGUGACUAAAAAUGAUAAAGCUUGGAAGGCUUGGUUUGAUGAAGAAGCUCCUGAGGAAUCACCUCUUCCUGAUGGAUAUGACACUACUUUGGACACAUUCCGCAAAUUACUACUUAUUCGGAGCUGGUGCCCAGAUCGUACUAUUGCUCAGGCACGUCAUUAUAUUGCUGAGUCGCUUGGAACAAAAUACGCAGAAGGGGUUAUUCUAGAUAUGGAAGCAAUGUGGGCAGAAGGUGAUAAUCGAAUACCUUUGGUUUGCUUCCUUUCCAUGGGCUCUGAUCCUACUGAAAAUAUUGAGCGUUUGGCCAAGACCAAGAACGUCCCUUGUCGAGCCAUAUCGAUGGGCCAAGGUCAGGAAGUUCAUGCAAGACGUUUGUUGACUCAGAGCAUGCAGGAUGGUGGCUGGCUUCUUUUACAGAACUGCCACUUGGGCUUGAAUUUCAUGGAUGAACUUUUAGAUACCCUUACCACAACAGAGACGAUGCACGAUGGAUUUAGAACCUGGAUUACAACAGAAGUCCAUCCAAAGUUUCCCAUCAAUUUACUACAGUCAUCUAUUAAGUUUACGAAUGAGCCCCCCCAAGGUGUGAAAGCUGGUCUGAAGCGUACUUACAGCAGCAUUAGCCAGGAACAGCUGGAUGUCAGCAACAUGCCACAGUGGAAACCUUUAUUAUAUGCUGUGGCCUUCCUCCAUACAACUGUGCAGGAAAGGCGUAAGUUUGGUCCUCUUGGAUGGAACAUUCCAUAUGAAUUUAAUCAAGCAGAUUUUACUGCCAGUGUUCAGUUUGUACAGAAUCACCUGGAUGAAAUGGACAUUAAACGUGGUGUGAACUGGAACUGCAUGCGCUACAUGCUGGGGGAAGUACAGUAUGGAGGACGUGUAACAGAUGAUCUGGACAAGCGACUACUCAAUACAUUUGCUAAUGUCUGGUUUGGGGAAAGCAUGUUCACAGAUAAAUUCUGCUUCUACAAUGGCUAUGUCAUUCCACACGGCAAGACAGUUCAAGAUAUCCUGCAGUACAUUGAGAGUCUGCCACUGGUUGAUAGUCCUGAGGUAUUUGGACUUCAUUCAAAUGCAGAUAUAACUUAUCAGACUAACAUGGCAAAUGAGACCCUGAAUACAAUAGUCAACAUCCAACCUAAGGACAGUGGUAGUGGUGGAGGAGAGACCAGAGAAAGCACUGUACAACGUCUUGCAAAUGAAAUGCUGGAAAAGCUACCACCAGACUAUAUCCCACAUGAGGUAAAAGCUCGACUGCAGAAAAUGGGUGCAAUCCAACCAAUGAACAUAUUCUUGCGUCAGGAAAUUGAUCGAAUGCAGCGUGUUCUUGCACGAGUUCGGAGUACACUGACAGACCUAAAGUUGGCAAUAGAUGGAACAAUCAUAAUGUCUGAGGAUCUUAGAGAUGCUCUUGAUAACAUGUAUGAUGCCCGGAUUCCAAAACUCUGGUUUAAAAUUUCCUGGGAGUCGGCUACCCUUGGAUUCUGGUUUACAGAGCUACUCGAAAGAAAUCAACAAUUUCACACCUGGAUCUUUGAUGGACGACCAAACCAAUUCUGGAUGACAGGAUUCUUUAAUCCUCAGGGCUUUUUGACCGCAAUGCGACAAGAGACCACGCGUAUGAAUCUGAACAAGGGCUGGGCCCUAGAUAGUGUUAUUCUUUAUAAUGAAGUCACCAGAAUGAUGAAAGAAGACAUUAAUGCUCCUCCUGCUGCCGAUAUUGGUGGUGUUUAUGUCUACGGCCUGUUUCUGGAUGGAGGAGGCUGGGACAAAAAAAAUGUGAGGCUUAUGGAAUCAUCUCCGAAGGUAUUGUUCACCUUGCUUCCAGUCGUUCAUGUGUACGCAAUUAGUGCCACUGCACCUCCUGAUUCAAAGAAACAGCAGGGGGCAUUGUAUUCAUGCCCUGUGUACAAGAAGCCCAGGCGAACUGAUUUGACGUACAUCUUCUCUCUGUAUCUGAAAACAAUACAGAGUCCUGAUCACUGGACACUGCGUGGUGUGGCUUUACUCUGUGACUCCAAAUAAAUGCAACAAAAUGAAAAAACGAUGUGAAUUAUGCAAAGUUCAUUUAAGUAUUGUGUUUAAAUUAAAUUCUGAAAAUAUGUUUAUUCUGUUGCACAGUUUUGUAACGUAUGUGCAGCAUUCUGGGAGUUGUUUGAACACGGCUUGUAAGGUUUAGCAUUUAUUCUUGGAGGGUAGAGGAUUAUUUCAACAUGUUUUACACCGUCAGAUCUUCUUUCACAAAUAUAAAUGAUGAACAGGGAGGCUGCCUCACAAAAUUAGGCAGGGUACAAAAUAGGUUUUUCCAUCUCUUGAAUCCCCGAAGCCUUACCACUAUCUUUAUAUAUAUAGCAAUGUGAUGGAAUAGUCUGCACUUGCCUGGAUCAGUGUAGCUCUAUCAAUACCUACAACACAGAGGACAGAGUAGCCCCUUUGACUCGCAUGCCAUGCGUCACCCUGAAUAUAUUGCCUCCACACUGGCGAACAGUGUGUGUAGUUACUACAAUAUUUGACAACACCUCAAAACCCAUGACUUCUUUCAGCAAGAAGAACAAUGGAAGCAGGAUCAUGGGAACACCACUCUCUGUAGGUUCCCCUCCAAGUUACACACCAGCCUGACUUGGAAAUACUGUAUGUCACGUUUCCUUCAUCAUUGCUGGGUCUAAAUCCUCUCCAAAAGAAUUGUAGAAGUACCUUCACCAGAACAAUAGUAGCAGUUCAAGAAGACCAUUCCUCACCACAUUCUCAAUGGCAGUUAAAGAUGAUAAACACUGUCAAGUGACACUCACAUCCCAUAAAUAAAAUUUCAUUGAACGGGUAAAAAUUCACAGGAGUGCCUUAUUACAUUAAUAUUUUAAAGAGUUUGUUUACUUUCUGAAGAACCCUAGU